AUGGUGGCAACCCUAAGCUAAAUAGCCAUCCUUAUUUUGUUGUCUUUCAAAAACCCUACUAAAUUUUAGUUCAUUCGGUGAUUUUUAUUAGUGGUUUUAAUAAUGGCCAAUAUAUCCGCCAAACGAAUUAAAAGGGAAUUCAAAGAAAUCAUGAAAAGCGAAGAGGUGGCCGGAGGCGCGAUCACACUGGAGCUGGUGAACAACAGCUGGACGGAGCUGCACGGCACCAUCGCCGGGCCACUCGACACGCCGUACGAGGGCGGCACCUUCCAUCUAGAAAUCAAAGUGCCUGAGACUUACCCGUUCAAUCCGCCCAAGAUCCGUUUCAUCACAAAAAUCUGGCAUCCUAACGUAUCGUCCGUCACCGGCGCGAUCUGCUUAGACAUCCUGAAAGACCAGUGGGCCGCCGCGCUCACGCUCCGCACCGUCCUCCUGUCCAUACAAGUGCUGUUGUCCGCCGCAGAGCCCAACGACCCGCAGGACGCGGUCGUCGCAAAACAAUACCUAGAAAACCAACACCUCUUCAACGUCACCGCGAGACAUUGGACAAACAUCUACGCAGGCGGGCCGACCGCCAUUCACGACUGCAACCAGAAAAUACAAGUCCUCCUAGAUAUGGGUAUAAACGAGGACCAGGCCAGGGUAGCGCUUUCCACCUACGAUUGGAACCUCGAAAGAGCGACGGAGCAGAUAUUUAGUUAGUGAGCUCCUUUAAGCGGUGUAAGGUCAGAUGGGGAAUGAAAGAGUGUAGUGCACUCUAUGGAUAGAUCUAUCAUGAUGCUGUUUGCACAGCUGCUCAUCUAUGUAACUGCCGCAGUGUCCCACAGGUGAAACCAACACAAGGUACUCCACCGAGUCAUUAUUGCUUUGGUUUUCUGAAGAUUUAUAACGUCUCUGUCCGUACCUACUAUAAUAGACAAAUUAACACUUCAAUGAAUAAAGUAGUGCAAAAUACAAUCCAGAUUUAGGCACUGGUCCCACCGCGAGCUAGUAAGCUAUGAGCUAUCGGCUAUAAACACGAACAAAAGAUAAGCACUCCCGUGUAAAUAAAAGAGACACGGCGAUAUUUAUAGCUCACCGCUGGGCGAGUAACUAUAAUUAUCGCCGUGUCUCUUUUAUUUAAAUGGGUGUGCUUAUCUUUUGUUCGUGUUUAUAGCCGAUAGCUCAUAGCUUACUAGCUCGCGGUGGGAUCAGUGCCAUAUGAAGCGGUAACUAAAGUAAAAAAUAAAAUAUAAAUGUAAAGUAAAAUAUAGACUUUAGAUUAACAAGCCAAAACAUUUGACAGUCCGGAAGUCACGAAACGUAUGUCAGAAUUGUGGGUUAAUACAUAUUUUGCACUACUUAUCUACUGUUUUAGUAUAACAUUUUUGUUUGUGCGGUCAACCGCUCCAUAGUUUCGGGCGUGUAUUAUCCAAUAUAGGUAUAAUUAUAUCAAGAAUACUCCCAACGGGAGCAGGAAAGACAAAGUUAUUUUACUAUAUCUCAAGUGCUAUUAAGCUGUUUAAAUAUGGCCCAAAUGAAAUUACAUAUUUAGUGCUUACAUAGUGUAUAACGCGAUAUUAUUAAUAAAAUAAAUUAACAUUGUCUUACAUCCUUUUAAAUCACUAAAUAAAGGAAGACUAUUUAGCUAAAUUCGAUCAGAUCAAAUAUUUAAGGUAAAAAUGAAAAGGAACAGUCGAUCUCGGGUUAUCUUUAGUUAAAUGCUUUAAUGUAGGUAGAUAGUCUGAUAUUUUAAUUGUAUUGCACAUUUCUCUAUUCGGAGCUUUUCCCUAAUUUCCUUUUUUGGGAAUAAAUAAUAUAAGAAUAUUAUUAACACACUUGGUAUGCCAAUUUAUUAUAUUCGUUAUACUAAAUUAGAAACUCAAAAUGAUCUGGAAAAUUAUUUAUUUCUUUUUCAAUAUCAUUAUACAGGUGUUUAGUGUCGUAAAAGUAUAUAUUAUCUAGUCUUGAUUUACUAUUUUAUUUAUCAAAUCAGUUAAUUAAAUCUAGGUAGAAUAAUUACGCCAUUAUCUUAUUAUAUGAAUUCGAUGGUUGCUAAAACAUUUAAUGAUUGAGCCUGCUUACAAAAGUUCAUGAGGAUCGGUUGAGAAAUGUGACCUGUAGAGGAGAACACUCGGACAUACAAAAGCAUUUUUGCCCAAGAUGAAAGGGGGAACCUUUGCUUCCCUCUGUCAGUAAAAAAAUAAAUAAUUGAAUCAACUUUAUUCCACUUUCUUUAGCCGGACUAUUGCGGGGCCAAAAUCUGGGACGGUAAAAAUUAAGUGAGAACGCUGUCAGCGAGUGUGAGUGAGAUGUCCAUCUUAACAAUUUUCGUCUAGACCCGUUGAUUUUGGCUACACAAUAAUUCAAGGCAAAGCAUCUUAUCGCUCUGGCAAGGAUAUUAGCGGCUGACUUCCCUUAUAUAUGUCGGCGGCCGAUCGUAAGAUCAGGCAUAUCGUGAAAUUCCUAGGCAUAUCGUGAACGUGAAAAUCUUUGACUCGUUCCCUGAGUCGACGGAGCCCCGCUACGCGGGGCUACUAUUUCUGGGCAGUUUGCCCUUCGGGCAUCUGAAGCAACCUAAUGAACCUAUCUUACCUAUAUAUUGGUUUAAUGUGACUAUCCUCAAAACAAUACACAGGAACAUUGCGAUCUGCCUGAUCAUACGAUCGGCCGCCGACAUAUACAUAUUAUAAGUUUCUCUUUCCCUUUGUUUUUCAUACCCCACCUGACCUUAACAAGAAAUUCACAAGUAAUUUUUUUGUAAUGCUAAGCAUUCGGUUAACGUUAAUUAUAAUAAUUUAGGUACAAUAGUACUUUAGAUGGUUGGGUUUACGGUGCUGUCCGGGUCGCGGGCGGGCUUCGUCUACAUGUAGGGUUUGAGCGAGACAACAACAUUGCAACUCUUUUAUGUUUCGUUUUUAUCAAUACGUAUUAGUUAGGUGUAUAACACAUUCAGUGCGUAGUAAGCACUUACGUUAAUCCAUGAUCCACAUGUGCAUCAUGCCGCAGUCAAUGUGUUUGUGUAUAGUUAGAGGAAUAGGUUAACCCGGCCACUGCCAGCGUCGCGGACUGACACCUCGUACUUCUAAAGUCACGAUUACACGAUAAAAGGGAUAAGAUUUGGCGUCUGGACACGCCAAAGUCGCGUGGCGGUGAUAAAUGAUAAGUAGACAACGGAUGUGCAAUGUUUCCAACGUGUUGGAAAGUUCUCGAAACUUUCACAGGAAACAAGGAAACUUUUUGGAAAUUGAAAAUUACGAUUCCUACACGAAAAUACGAGAAGUGUCUGAAGUUUUGGAAACUUUCCAACAGCACAUCAGUAAAGUAGACAGUAUAUUUGUCUCCAAUAUGUUGUCUUGUAUUGUCUAUGUCCACAUGUUAGACUGGUUACACGCGAGCCGAACAGAUGCUUGUUAUAUAUUUUUUGAUACCACGCUGAAGCAGCUGCUAUUGCGCUACGGUUUCAUGUAAUAUGAUAUACUUAAAUACUUAUGUGAGAAGUUAUAAUAUAAAUUUUCUAAUUAACCGUAUAUUUAUUCCGUUUUUUUCGAAGGUAAUUAUUUACCAGAAUUCCGCUAUUCAUUCAAAUGUAAACCAACGGGUUUCCUAUUCUGUGUGACUAGUCUAUAUGCGCCCCCUUAAUCCAACGUUAUUUUUGUAUUUGAUUAGGUAUAGUCAACUGUAAAAAUAUGGGUGACAAAUCAUCUCAAAAAUAUGUCCCAUACCAUAACUCUUAUGUCAGAGAACUAAGAACUAUGGGACAUAUUUUUGAGUAAGUUGUCUACUCAUAUUUUUACGGUUGACUGUACUUUAAUGAAUUAAAAUAAUCAGAAUUUAUUUCAGCAAAUCCAAUCUUUGCUUUGAAACAAUUGUCGGUGGAUUCGCGUGCAACCAGCAUGUACGUUUGUGUAUUAGAACUCAUACGAAUGUAUAAAUUGUUUUACUAUAAAAUUAUAGUUGAAUUCGAUUUGAGUUUAAUUAUAAGCGAACAUAUUAGUAAAAAAAACAAUAAAUUCAUUUAUCCAAAAUAAAAUAAUUAAAUCAUUGAAGUACA